AUGGCAAUAUGGGGAUCGAGGCGGCAUGAAAAGUCCUAUCACUGGAAACUCCUGCUGCUGUUGUGGAGGCAGAGGAGGCGGCGGUUGAUCUCCUUGCUCGCGGCGAUACUGGUGGUCGCCGGUAAAGAUAAUGGUGAAAAGAUGCUUAAAGCUGUUACUAUGAAUGAAGAACUACUAGAUAGUGAGAUAGGAUCAAACUCACAUUGUGGUUCUGUUCGAGGUCGUAAAGUCAUUCAUCGUGAUCAUAUUCAAGGUCAUGAAAGGCUUUUUCUCGACUAUUUUGAUGAAUCGCCUAAGAUAACUGUUGCACUUAGGAUGCUUGCUUAUGGAGUAGCCGCUGAUUUUAUGGAUGAAUAUGUGAGAAUUGGAGAAAGCACUGCAAUAGAAAGCUUAAAAUAUUUUGUUAAAGCAGUUGUUGAUAUUUUUUCUAAUGAGUAUUUGAGGUCACCAAACAGCAAUGAAAUCGCUAAACUACUAGCAGUUAGUGAAAGUCAUGGAUUUUCUAGAAUGCUAGGGAGCAGUGAUUGUAUGCAUUGGAAAUGGAAAAAUUGUCCGACUGCAUUGAAAGGUAUGUAUACUGGUCACAUUCAUGAACCAACAAUUAUUUUGGAAGCUGUUGCAUCAUAUGAUCUUUGGAUUUGGCAAGCAUUUUUUGGAUUACCUGGGUCUCAUAAUGAUAUCAACGUGCUAGAAAGGUCUUUUGUAUUUACCGAACUUGCUCAAGGGCGUGCUCCUGCAGUCAAUUACACCAUCAAUGGUAAUGAAUAUACAAUGGGAUACUAUCUCGCCGAUGGUAUAUAUCCACAAUGGUCAACAUUUGUGAAAACAAUUCCUUCUCCUCAAGGAAAUAAGAAAAAACUUUUUGCUGCAGCUCAAGAGGCAACAAGAAAAGAUGUAGAACGUGCAUUUGGAGUGCUUCAAGCACGAUUUGCAAUUGUGCGUCGACCAGCACGUUUUUGGAAUACUAAAAUGCUUAAAUAUAUUAUGAAGGCGUGCAUAAUUCUACAUAAUAUGAUCAUUGAGGAUGAGCGGGAUGACAAUGGAGUAAAAGACUUCAAUUAUGAUCAAAUCGAUGACAGUCCCCAUGUAACAGUGUUACAGGAGAGAACUAUUGAACUUAUGGAAUUCAUUCAAUGUCAUCAUAACAUUAGAGACAGGCAAACACAUUCUCAUCUCCAAUCCGGCCUUGUCGAACACUUGUGGCAAUUACACAGCGAGUUGUAA